AUGGAGGAACCCUUUGACUUUACUGCUAUUGACAUGCCUGCCAUUAGAAAGUGGUGGUGUUUGGUUGUUCAGGAGAACAGCUCAUAUGGGUCUAUACGAGAGCAGGCUGGCUGUGUGGCUGCAGAAGGGCAGCUGACUGAAGAACAAGUGGCUCAUGGUUUUGCAGCUGCAGAGAUCAGCAGGGCCUACAGGAGGACUCAACAUGAAAAACUGUUAGAGUUCAAAAUAAAGGACCAUGGAGCAGAUGAUCACUUACUGGCUGUUGUAUCUCGUAACAUAUCAUCCAAAUGGUUAAAAAAUUAUGAAAAUCCUAAAGGUCACCGGGUAAUGACUAAUAUAGAAGAUGAGGAGCUGAUAGAUGGCCUCUACAACUUUUUGGAUGAAGUGCUGUCACGAACUGUAGGCACUUUUGAGAGGAUUGACAGAGUUCACAUCAUUCUGGAUGUACUGAUGCCAGAGACAGUUGAGAGGAUUUCUCUUCCAGAGGCAGAAAAUCUGUUCAUGGACGGAACAGCAGACGGUUAG